AGUCGAUGAAUCUUAAGGGCGCUAGAUGUUGAGGCCACUACUGAAAGUAAUUCGGCCUCUAAUUGGUUGGAUAUUUGGCAUAUCCAUACUAUGGUCGUCUAUAUUCGGAGCAUAUAUUGUUUCUAUGUUCAUAUUCCUUAUCUUGCUAGGCAAGCAUAAAACAUGGCGCUCAUUCAUGGAUCGUUCAGUCAGUUUCUGGAUGCUGGUUCCUAUUGGCUUCCUGGAGCUAAUCUUCGGAAUGCGGGUACGAGUUUCUGGUGAUGAAAUUGAGUAUGAUGAGCCGGCAUUGAUCAUUAUGAACCAUAGGACAAGGUUGGAUUGGAUGUAUAUGUGGUCAGCCUUGUAUCAGAUGAACCCGUGGCUUAUAACUUCGAAUAAAAUCUCGCUGAAAGCACAGUUGCAAAGUCUUCCAGGAGCUGGAUUCGGCAUGUCAGCGGCACAUUAUCUUUUCCUGCAACGAAACAUGGAGAAGGAUUCGGUGACAUUCGAUACAGCUAUAGAAUAUUACAAAGGAAUGGGUAAUAAUUACCAGAUUCUUUUCUUCCCUGAAGGAACGGACAAAUCACCGUGGACAACAACGAAGAGUCAAGAGUAUGCGAAAAAGAACGGCCUAAAACAAUUGAAACAUCUUUUGUAUCCCCGUGUGGCCGGCUUCCAUCAUCUUUUGUCGAAAAUGAGAAAAGAAAAAUUUGUGACGUACAUCUACGAUGUCUCCAUUGCUUACCCCUACAAUAUCGUGCAGUCUGAGGUCGAUUUAAUACUCAAAGGCGACUGCCCAAAAGAAGUCCAUUUCCAUGUUAAGAAGAUUGCAGUAAACGAUGUUCCACAUAGCGAGGCGGACUGCGGUCGCUGGCUUAAUGAUCUUUGGUUGGAAAAGGAAGCUCGUUUGGAGGAAUACUACUCGGAACCAAAGCCAUAUAAUCGUCGAUUUGUCAUGGAAAACGGACAACGAAUAUGGAAGAAUACUAACGAAUCAACGCUGCUAGGUAUAGGAAAGAAAUUCUGUUUUUGUUUCUGGAUGUUUGUCGUCACAAUUGUUGCCUACCAUUUAGUGUUCCUUCGGCCAUUGCAGCUCGUCGCUUUGUACUUCGUAAUAUGCUUCUUCGCUAUAAAGUUCACUUACGGGACUCUGGACCAACUCGUUUUACAACGAUGGAGACAGUCUUUGAAGUCAUGA